CGCAUGGCGUCAUUGCAUAAUCACAAAAAUGGCGCUGCGCUCUUACUGUCGGCUGCUGGCUGCACAGGUAGCUUGUUUGAAGCAUUGUGUAAAUGACUGUACAAGAAAUGUAUUCGGUUCCAGUUUAUCUUUUGCAAGAAUUAAAUCGCUACGUGGGUCAGCUGGAGUGUUUGUACUGUCGUCGAACCGCUGGCACAGAAGGUCAUGGUAUCCGGGUGUCAGUUCUUCUCAAUGCUCCAGAGAGAAGAGUCAUUCAGACACGGCAGGGUUCAGCAGGUGGACUGUUGCGUGGGGUGUCAUGGCUUUUUCACUUUUUGGAAGCUCGGAUGAGAGGACCGAGGAACAAAAACUCGAGGAUGAACUUAUUCUGCUCUUGAAGAAAGCCAAGUACAGCAUGAUGACCGGGGAACUGGACGCAGCCCAUGUUUUGUUACACAAAGCUGUCAGACUGGCACAUCAGAUGCACAGUAAUGAUGCCAUUAUAUAUACGUACAGCCUGAUGGCAAAUCUUGCCUUUGUCCAAGGUCAGCUGGAUAAUGCUGAGAAGCUGUUUAAAGCAGCCAUGAGUUUCAUGCUGUCAGGGGGAACACCACAGGAUGACAAUGCAGUGAUUGAGAUGUCGCUGAAGCUGGCCAGCAUAUAUGCCACUCAAAACAAGAACGAGUUAGCAGAGCAUGGCUUCCAGUUCUGCACAGAGUCUUUAGAAGCCAAGAUUGAGAAACAGAAGGACCUUCUUCCAGAAAGCCUGACAGACGAGGAGCGCAAAGAUACCAGGCUGCUGCUCGGCCUUAGUCUGGAUGCGAGGGCACGUUAUUUGGCAGCUAAUCGUCGUUUCACAGGGUCUUGCAGGGAUUACCGGCAUGCGCUGCAGAUCUGCCAGGAGGAACAGGGAGAGUCCCACCCACAGACCCUGGUUCUGAUGAGUGAUCUGGCGACCGUUUUGGACCUGCAGGGGAAGCACGAUGAAGCGCUGGCUUAUGUAAAGAAGGCCGUUGAGCUUGCACAGGCAGCGGGUCACCCUGAUCAACAUGUGCUGCUUGGGAAUAUGGCAGGAAUUCUAAUGCACAAAGGGGAAUUCGAGGAGUCUGGUAAACUGUAUCAGGAAGCCCUGGUUCUGGCACGUGCUGCGGGAGAUGAAGAGGCUGUUGAGCAGCUUCAGGAGGGACUGAAAGAGCUGACCAACAGAAGAGACGGGCAAACGGAGAGCAAAGCUGAUGAACAGGAGAUCAAGCAAUGAUCCACACAAAACUUGAGUAGAGCACAACAUUAGGACAAUGUAUCAGUUUUGUGCAACCUCCAAUUCAGUACACAACGUACAGUACAGUGUCUAAUGCCCUUUUUAUACUUUACUCCCCAUUAGACUUGUUUUUUAGUCGUGCUCUUGGUCUGUAUUAAAUUAUUUCUCUGUAAAAGAGAAUCAGGGAAGAUAGACUAGUGGACUGAUGACUGAGUGAUAGGUCAAAAAUACUGUACAUCAUUUGUCUGUUGAAAUAAUUUGCAAUGAAACAUGUAAUCUUAUUUAAAGCCAGGUUGUGUUAAUGUGUUUGACGUGAGAAGUGAUUUAAAAAACCUAUGAACAAAUAUUUGGUUUUAAUUUAUUUAUUUGGUUUUGACACCCUAAAGCAUGCAGUGCUUUCUUUAUCAGGAUCAUUAGCAAUACCCGGUAGAGGUCAGUAAAUGUUCAGAUUGCUCUGAGUUGUUCAAUCCAAGUCUAAAAGGUUGAAUUGAGGAAUCAAUACUUUAAACAUCAAGAUGCAGAAAAUACAUCUGAAAUGCAUCAAAGUACACACAAGAAGUGAUACAUUAAAAGUACAAAAAAACAAAUAAUCUAAUCAUUAAAUAUCUAAUUUAACUUCCAUACUGAAAGAUUGCAACUGUUUGCAAAAGAUUGCAGCUAACAAUAUCUUUUUAAUGAAAAUAUCAAGUGCUUUUCAAAAUGUGUGACCGUAGUGAAGCUGGUGCCUAGAAGUUUCUCUACUAUUUUUAGUGCGUCAUUUUAAAGGAAAAUUAGAUUAACUCGGUUACUUAAUAACUGGCCUUGAAUCCUUUUAACUCUUUAAACCAUUAGUCAAAUGUUGGUCUUAUUCUCUGAGAAGAUGCUCUUUUUCUCAAUAAAAGUUAAAUAUUCUCUCAUUCUACUUGGUAAAAAAAAAAAAACCUUAAAAGAUCCAAAUCAGCAGCUCUUGUCAGAUUUGUUCUGUGCUUCACUAAAGAUGUUUUCCUUUUUAGAAGACCUACUGUGUCAUCAUGUUACCAAUGUAUUAAAAUCCACGCGUGAUAUUUGAAACCCAUAAUUAUUAAUAGUGGGAACAUCAAAUGCCAUCUUAAUAAAGAAGGAUGCAUUUGGGCCGGGUGCACUGAGUGUGGUCUUGCCGUAUGCCUGGGUGGUAAAAGAUGCAGUGGGAUCAUGAGGCUGAGAUCAGCACGACUCAACUAGUAAUUAAGAAUCUCAUAGAGAGUGGCUCAUCAGAUAAGAACAGCUCAUAUUUUCAUUUAAACUCCAAUCUUAUACCAGUCAUGGGGUGAAAGAAAAAGGUGAUAUUGGCACAGAAAUUAAUGUUGUUGUGAGUCAUGUUGUGCAAUGCCUUUACGCCUGAAAUCUUCUUGCUUUAGUGCAGUAUUUGACUUAACCUCCCUUUGGAAAGUGCUGUGGGAAUUGGAAUAACACACAAAACAUAAUUUUAACAUGGACAUUUAUGACAUUUAUCAUUUGUCCAAAUGCUUUUUAGGGCCACUGUGUAUACAAACAUUAAUUUGUGUAUAUCCUCCUCUCUGAAUUUUCUUAAUGAGCAUUGGUGAUAUUGUUUAUUCCGUUUUGCAACUAAAAUACCUUCUCUUGCUCCCUGCUCUCACACAUGUGAACAGUAAUUGCUAGUUUGUCAAGUCUGAGGGGAGGAAAAUGACAAUUUACAUUGUAUUGUGAUCACUUUCCUUUCACCACAUGAUUUCCUGACUU